UUGUCCAAGCAGAACAGCAUGAAGGAAGUGCUGGAUACAAUCCGCCGUGGGGUCUCCCUGAGACCAGUGUCCAUGUCCAGAGAAGGCAGGAUGUCCCGAGUGGAAGAGGCUGCAUCUUCAGAAUAUGAGCAGGAGCCCGUGACCAAGAAAGGGAGCAAAAGCUGCUCUGAAACAGAUGGCCCUCUGGAUUCCUCAGGCAACAUGCCCACUUCAAGCCAGACUCUUCAACCCCUUGGGAGCCUCAUCAUAGUCCCUAGCAGUGGGACUUGUAGUAGUGCCUGUGCUUCCCAGGCUUACAGAGAGGAGAACUGCCCACAGAGGGAACAGGAAGAUCCCGGCAGAAGCUCUGAAGAUGACAGAAGGAGCACUACUAGUCCCCUUCCAGCAAUCACCCUACUAGAGGAAGGGGACAACCUUGAGGAGAUCCCUUGUGGCUCUCUAACUAGCCUGGAGUUGGGUGCUACUGCUCAAAUCCCACAGGACUCUGAAGCAACUGACUGCAGCGGGUCUCCAAGUAGCAAGAACCUACUGUCUGUGGGUAAAGAGAACACUGAAGAUGAAGGGGAGGCAGAAACUGUAGCAGCAGGUGAGAUGUGUGAGGGGGAGCUGAGUGCAGGCCCAGCAAGUGAGGUGGCCGAGCCUCUUGGCCUUGGUGACCAGGGUUCUGGGGAGACAAAUCACUACUCAGAGUGUGGUGCUCUGAAGUCUGACCUUGCCAGCUGCAAACAUCUGUCUUUAGCACCCCUUGAUGCCUCUUGCCCAUCAGAAACCAGCCCUUCUGUGGAAGAUCUGCUUGUCAGGGGCAAAGGUCAGAACAUAAACACCAUAGUUGCCUCCUGCAUGGAUGAUGCCAUGAUUUUGAAAUCAAAUGCCAGCCAAGCUGUCUCUGCUGAGCCAACUACUAGAGACCUGGGUCUUCCAGGCACCACAGAGAAGCAGCCACCUCUGUGCCCUGUUGCCACUGAGGUAGAACCAGAGAUGGUUCUAGAGGGUGGAGACCUCAGUGAGGGAGAGAAGAUGCCUCCAGCUAGUUUCAUUGAGCCUCUGGUGAGGAGCUUGCUUGAGGGGGCAGAGAUGAAGCUGGAGGGAGGAGUUGGGGCCAAUUUGGCCAGGGACCAAAGCAGCCCCCUAAAGGAUAGCCCAGCUAUUGCUACAGCUUCUCUCCCACUGCCAGGAGCAAUAGAGGCUCCAGUGCCUGCUGGGUUUGAGGAGGUGCCCUCAAUGGCUCUGCCAGACCUGUUCAUGGAGGGUGGCCCCACAGACUCCAAGGAGACCAACCCUGUGCUCUUGGACCCUUUUUGUAUGACUGCAAUAAAAGUGCACCAAGAGCAACUCCAACAAGCAGCAACUCAGGCUGGUUCUGAGACCUACUAGGUUAUGUGAGGGCAGGGUGUUAGCUGUCUAGUACAAACACCAAGCAAGAAGUGGUACACAACUUGAUAAGGACCUGACUAACGGAUGUUCAAUCUUGUUCUCUGUAGUAUUUACUUGGCUUUUUCUACUAAAUAUUUAGACUUAGAUUUUAACAAACUUAAAAAAAAACUAAUAAGGACAUGAUCAGAAAUGCGUGCAAUAGUGGGGGAGCCCUUUGCCUGCUUGCUGGACACUUACAGGUGGAUAUAAAUGAAUGGGCACAGUGUGUACUCUGGGGAAGAAGGGAUUCACUGACACUGGUCUCAACACUCUUAGCCUGUAUGGCAUCAGCUGAGGCACUAAUUGGUCAAAGGCCACUUACUGCAGCUUUCUGAGGUUCCUCAGGCCUUGCCUGGGGUGAAUGAAGUUGGGGGGCUAGUGGACUCAGUCCUUCUUGCCUGUUUUUUAAUUCUGUAACUUCUAGUUUUUAUGAAAU